GGAGUAGUUGCGGUCUCCGUGAUUCUGCAAUGUACUCUCGCUAAGAUUGUCACCCUCACAAUGUCAGAACAAUGACAUCCAACCCCAGGAAGAAUGAUGCCGUCGCGUCCACGCGGAUCUCUGCUGGCACUUAUGAUCCCCACGAAUUACCGGAUUACGAGACCGACUUUAUCCGACGUGAAGAUCUCCAGAGUUUCGCAGAAGCCCUGACUGCCCCCAGCACCGAGCCCGUGACGGCUUUGAAUGAUUGGGGUCCAGUGCGGCAGCGUGUGAAAAGAAGUCGAGUUCGACGGAAAGCGGCGCCGCGUUCCAAGGAUGAAACUCGCGAAGGCUUCGUCUAUACGAUCCUGUACUAUCCGUUGUUACUCAUCGUCUGUGGGUGGAUAGUGUUUCUCUUCAUCAUUUACAACUUGACCCGCCUCUACAUCUACGCCUACGAGCACGUGUUUUCAUGGACCGGGGAACGCGAGAGAUUGCGCAGGCAACUUCAUCGGGCGACCAAUUACGACGAAUGGCAGGAAGCAGCCCACCGUCUCGACCAGUACCUUGGGAAUGAAGAGUGGAAGCGCUCCGACCCAUACUCGUAUUACAACCACCAAACGGUGAGAAAGGUCACGGCCCAACUAGCUGAGCUUCAUCAAAAGGCCAUAGCUGAGUCUGAAAGAGUUCGUGGCGGAAAUGGUGGUCUCGUGGCUCUGGAUGAAUUGAAGUCAUUGCUCGAAAGUUGCGUCAAGAACAAUUUCGUUGGUGUUGAGAAUCCUCAUCUUUACAGUGAGACGUAUAUUGGCACCAAAGAUCUGAUUCAGAUAUUCGUCGAUCAAGUUGAGCAAAGCCUUCGAUUCGUUCUUGAGAAUAGACACAUUCCCGAUAAAGAAAAGGUGUCCUUCUUCCGGCAUCUUGAGCUGAACUACGGGCGCACGGCGCUUUGCCUCUCUGGUGGAGCGACCUUUGCAUAUUACCAUUUUGGAGUCAUCAAAGCCCUGCUCGAUACGGGUCAGCUUCCCGAAAUCAUCACCGGUACGUCUGGCGGCGCUCUGGUGGCGGCAUUGGUAGCCACCAGAACGGAUGAGGAGUUAAAGAAACUCCUGGUACCGGCACUGGCAUAUCGCAUCAGGGCCUGUCACGAAGGAUUUACCACGUGGAUUCGCAGAUGGUGGCGUACUGGUGCGAGAUUUGAUUCUCUGGACUGGGCAAUGCAAUGCAGCUGGUUUUGCGGGGGCUCAUUGACUUUUCGAGAAGCAUACCAGAGAACUGGCCGCAUCCUCAACGUCUCCUGUGUACCCUCCGAUCCUCAUUCCCCGACAAUCUUGAAUAACCACAUCACGAGCCCCGACUGCGUAAUCUGGUCCGCAGUACUUGCGUCUGCGGCUGUUCCUGGAAUCCUCAACCCGAUCGUGCUCAUGCGGAAGACGAGCGACGGGACACUAGUCCCCUACUCGUUUGGCAACAAAUGGAAAGAUGGAAGCUUGCGUACAGACAUUCCAUUGAAAGCGUUGAACAUCCACUUCAAUGUCAACUUCUCCAUUGUUUCUCAGGUCAACCCCCACAUCAACUUGUUCUUCUUCUCACCUCGAGGCUCGCCAGGUCGGCCAGUGACACAUCGCAAGGGCCGAGGCUGGCGCGGAGGAUUCCUUGGCUCUACCAUUGAGACCUCGGUCAAGCUCGAUCUACAGAAAUAUCUGAAGAUUCUGCGCCACCUUGAACUGCUGCCUCGGCCGAUGGGACAGGAUUGGAGUGAGAUUUGGCUACAACGAUUCUCAGGCACUGUUACCAUCUGGCCCAAGACAGUCGCCAGCGACUUCUGGAAUAUCCUCAGCGACCCCAGCCCCCAACGGUUGGAUCGAAUGCUGAUCGUCGGUCAACGCAGCUGCUGGCCGAAGAUUCGCUUUAUCACCAAUCGCUUGAAGGUUGAAAGGGUCAUAUUGGAGGGCUUGCGGAUGGGAGGACCGAUUGAUGACGGGGCGCGUGUUCCUAACCCUGUGCUUGAGCAACAGGCGCAAGAAGCUCUCCUACGCGCCAGAAAGCGACCCGGCACCGAAGAUAAUGUGUCGUCCACGGAGGACAAACAUCUCAAACUUACCCUUUCACCAGGGCGGAGGCAGAGCAGUAUGCUCGAGGAACUUUCACGACAGGCUUCCGUGCUCUGGCACGACGACGGAGUGACGGAAGGAGAGGAUGACGCUGUGACGACCGAUGACGCUGAAGGUGAAGAUGGCGUGGUGCAGUCCCCCGAAGAGAUGACCAAAUGACCCCAGCGAGAUAUGUAUCAUUAGAAUGAACAAGCAUUAGCAAGCAUGACAAUGAACUAUGGUUAUCGAUCAAAACAA